UAUAAAUCGCAAUUGUCUUUAGAACACCAUUGUCAAAUGUUACUUAUAAAACGGAUUCGGCCCAAUGCAACAUGCUUCUCCUUUCCGGCCACGCUCUUUUACCAAUAAGAAGAAUCAAUUUUGGCGUGCCCGUUCAGCGGCUCAAUUCAUUCCAUAAUGAUUGGAUUCUGACUCCGCCGGCUCUUUCGCUUCAUAUUAAGGAAUGUUUGUUCCAUCCAAUUGGUCCCCGAUCUAUUCAUUUUCAGCUAUAAGCCCUAGCUUCCCCUGCCGGCCCCCCUCUCUCUCUCUCUCUCUUUUGUCCUGAAUCCAGAUGGAGCAACAUGAGGAUUCCAAGUCUGAAAUAAAGCAAUUGCUGGGAGCAAAAUGUAAUGGCAACGGUAAGCGAGCUCAGUCUUGUUGCAAUCCAAUUUGCUCAUUCUCAGAGCAAGAGCAUAGUAUGUUGGGUUCAAGACAAAGGUCAAAGUCGACUAUGAAACUUUGUGGGCUCAUAAUCUUUUAUGUAAUAGUCAUGGCAGUGGAGACCAUAGGAGGGGUGAAAGCCCACAGCCUCGCGGUUCUAACUGAUGCAGCUCACUUGCUCAGUGAUGUUGUUGGAUUUUCUAUUUCUCUUUUUGCUGUUUGGGUGUCCGGCUGGGAUGCGACAAAAGAACACUCUUUCGGGUACCACCGUCUUGAAGUUUUAGGAGCCCUUCUAUCUGUACAGCUAAUAUGGCUUGUCUCUGGUCUGCUGAUUUAUGAAGCAAUUCAGAGAAUGUUUCAUCCACAAGCCAAAGUGAACGGGAAGCUUAUGUUUGCUAUUGCUGCAUUUGGUCUCAUAAUUAACUUCGUCUCAGUUUUGUGGCUUGGCCAUGAUCAUUCUCUCCAUUGCCAUUCAUAUAAUCCUUGCAAGGAUCAUGAUCAUGAUCACGAUCACGAAAUGCAAGAAUUGCAUCCAAGAAAUGAAGAAGAGAGCUUGAAACUGGUAUCAGCAGCCUCUAGUUGCAGCAAACCAACGAACAUAAAUAUCGAAGGGGCUUACCUGCAUGUUAUAUCUGAUUUGAUACAAUCAGUUGGGGUGAUGAUUGCUGGAGCUAUUAUGUGGUUCAAACCAGAAUGGUUGGUGGUUGAUCUUCUCUGUACUAUUUUUUUCUCGAUCUUUGCUCUUAGUACUACCAUACCCAUGCUUAGAAUUAUCUUCUCCUUAUUGAUGGAGAAGACACCAGAGGAAGUUGAUAUUGUUAAACUCGAGAAUGGCCUUAAAUCUUUAGUAGGACUUCAGGAAGUUCAUGACCUGCAUGUUUGGGCCAUCACUGUAGGGAAAAUUGUUUUGUCCUGUCAUGUUGUACUUGAGCCUGGAGUCGACCAAUAUGAAAUUAUUCAGAAGGUUAGGGAAUAUUGUGACAGCACAUACAGAAUUCAUCAUGUAACCAUACAAGUUGAACCGUCUUCAUAGUAGAUGUAUAUAUUGCUUACUUCAUCUCUUUCUUUCUUUA